CCACUCGUUUGCCGUUUGCCAUUCGCAUAAGUUGCAUGCUGGGCUCUCGCCUCUGCCUCGCCUGCUUUUCGCUGUUUGCCUUCUCCUCAUUGUUAUUUUAUUUUCGGUUCGCGCGGUUGUGCAUAUUUUAACAUUUUACAAUAGUAGCGGCAACAAAAACAAAAACAGCUACAAAACAACAAAACAAUAAAGCAACUAUUCUAACAACAACUUGACCACACACACACUCAGUUGGUCAGUCUGUGGACGUGACUACAGCUGCAUACAGAUUGAAACAAAGACGAUUUGGGAUAAGGCACGCGCCUUCAAAUACCUGUUAACGUUCGCUGCCCAUCGCUGACCCAACCCCAACCCCAAUACUAGCACACACCACCCCACUUAUACACACACACACACACACGCACACACAAAUAGCCCAUCGGCAACACAAUGGGCAAGAAGAACUCCAAAUUGAAGCAGGACACCAUUGAUCGUCUGACAACAGACACAUACUUUACCGAGAAGGAGAUACGGCAAUGGCACAAAGGUUUUCUCAAAGACUGCCCGAAUGGCUUGCUGACUGAACAAGGAUUCAUCAAAAUUUAUAAACAAUUCUUUCCGGAUGGGGAUCCCAGUAAAUUUGCCUCAUUGGUGUUUCGGGUAUUCGAUGAAAAUAAUGAUGGAGCUAUUGAAUUCGAGGAAUUCAUUCGUGCGCUUUCCAUAACAUCACGCGGAAAUCUGGAUGAGAAAUUACAUUGGGCCUUCCGUCUGUACGAUGUCGAUAAUGAUGGCUACAUAACACGGGAGGAAAUGUACAACAUUGUUGAUGCCAUAUAUCAGAUGGUGGGUCAGCAACCGCAAACGGAGGAUGAGAACACACCGCAGAAGCGAGUGGAUAAGAUAUUCGAUCAGAUGGAUAAGAAUCACGAUGAUCGUCUCACCUUAGAAGAAUUCCGCGAAGGUAGUAAAGCUGAUCCACGUAUAGUUCAGGCGUUAAGUUUAGGUGGUGAUUAACCGCAAGAUAAAUAGUUGCGCUGAAUUUCAAGAUUGUCAAAAAAAAGAGAGAUGGAACUAUGCCCCGAAGCAGAGUCAACGAAUUCGUGCACAAUAAAAUACAACAAAAAAUAUAUGGUUUGAUAUCUAUUGACUAAAUCAAUUUGCAAGAAGUUUUUACCUCCCACACACAGAUACACAAGUACACACACAUACACAUACAAAUACAACAUACAUAAACACAAACAUAAACAUACAUACAUAAUAUACAUUUGCCAUUUGCCUGGCGGCAGCUUGUUA